AUGGAUUAAAUUGAAUUGCUAAACCUUUGGAAAACUAUUAAAGGUAAUCUACAAAAAAAGUAUGCAAAGAUAAGUGCUGCUUUUGUUGAUAUUGAUUAGAAUGAUUCUCAAAAAAUUGAAUUAGAUGAUCUCAAAUUAGAGUUAAUUUAAAAUCAUGGCAUUUAAUCAGAAGAAGUGAUCUAAUAAUUGUUUGAAUAUUUGAAUGCAUCAAAAACAGGUGCAAUCACCUUGUAAGAGUUUGAGAAGAAUUGGAUUUAAGUUGAUGAAUAAGUAUAGCAGGCUUCAAUUUAGUAAAAAUUUUAAGACCAAAAAAGUUAUGUAAAAGUAGAAGAUUAAGUUUUCAAUUCCUCUGGAUAAAAAUCAGCUUAAUAAUUUUCAGAACUAUUUAAAUCAAAUGCAUCAGGAAGCUCACCCAGAAAAUAUAUCAAUAUUUAAGGUGAUUUCUAAAUUAAUCAAUUCACUUAAAACUAUUCACCUCCUAAAUAAUAAUAUAAUUAAUUGAACUACCUAGAAACCUUUAUUCAAACUAAGAAAAUAUCACCUCCCAAAACUUCAUUUCUCUUGAAAGAUAAAGCGGAUGCUCAAUAAGACAAAUUAAGAAAUUUAUAAAAGAGAAUCAAUACUUUAUUUAAUACAAAAUUGAAUGCUAGAAAUUCUAGUCCCAAAAUAAGAAAAGACUUCGAUAGCUACUUAAAUACUUUGAAAUUGGGGAAACCAAAUACUCAAAGGAGGCAACCAUCAAAUCCUCAGAUAUUAUUUGAUUAUUAAACAGUAUAUCCUUAGCGUAAUUCAUAAAGAGAUUAUGAGUAAAGAUGGUCUCAUAAUAGAAAAAAUAAUUCAUAAUCAAGUAGAUCAUUAGAUAGAAUAUCUUUACAAUAAUAUGCAUAUUAAUUUUAGGAUAGGAAGUAUGCCAAUAAAUAAUUUAAAUCAUUCACAAAUAAUUCAUAGAAAGGAUCACAACCAAAAACAACAUUUUGGUUUAGAUUAUGA